AGCAAAUAACACACAAAAAARCAACAAAAAACGAAAACGCAUAACAAAAGGAAAAACAAAACUCUCCGCAAAACCUAGAAGCCCUAAUCUAAAAACAAAGGAAACGAAUAAACACGCAACGAGACAACACUGUAAACCAAAAAAAUCUAUCAAGAUGAGUGAUGACCAAACAACGCCCAAUGAUGAUAAAGUUGCCAAACAUCAAGUCGUUGCCUACACACAAAAAUCGCAAAUCAAACAUGAGAAUCGUCACAUACAAUUGGUGCGUGAGUAUGGCUUCCAUCCGAGGACGAAGGCGACUGUCGAGGAUGGCGACGUGUUGCCAAAGAAAUUCGAACCGUUUCCGGAGAAUAUGUACGGCAAACCUCUGGAGGAAAUUGAUAAUUUCAUCUAUGAAGAGACAUUCUGUGUAGUCUCCAAACGAUUUCGGAAAAACUACAUACAUCGCUUCACCGGUACGAAGAGUCUCUUCCUUUUCCAUCCAUGGAGUACAGCACGUCGGGUAUGCGUCUACAUAGCAACGAAUCAAUUCUUCGACUACUGCGUCAUGGCCACAAUUCUAUUCAACUGCAUUUUUUUAGCCAUGACCGAGACGGUGGAGGAGGCCGAAUAUAUCUUCCUAGCAAUUUACUCCAUUGAAAUGGUAAUCAAAAUCGUUGCCAAAGGCUUCCUACUCAACAAGUACACCUAUCUACGCAAUCCAUGGAAUUGGUUGGACUUUGUUGUAAUAACAAGUGGUUAUGCCACUAUCGGCAUGGAGGUGGGCAAUCUGGCCGGUUUACGUACAUUUCGCGUGUUGCGCGCCCUAAAGACUGUUUCAAUAAUGCCAGGACUAAAGACUAUCAUCAAUGCACUAUUGCACUCAUUCCGCCAAUUGGCCGAGGUCAUGACAUUAACCAUUUUUUGUUUAAUGGUCUUUGCACUGUUCGCACUACAGGUUUAUAUGGGUGAACUGAGAAAUAAGUGUGUGAGAAAUCUUCCAGACGAUUGGGUUAAUACCACAGACUUGGAGUGGCGCAGCUGGAUCAACGACACCGACAACUGGCUGUACGACGACGAGGAAAUGCCAAUGCUUUGUGGCAAUUUAACUGGCGCUCGCCACUGCCCUACGGAUUACACUUGCCUUUGCGUGGGUGAGAACCCGAAUCAUGGUUAUACGAACUUCGAUAACUUUAUGUGGUCCAUGCUAACAACUUUCCAGUUGAUUACAUUGGACUAUUGGGAGAACGUUUACAAUAUGGUAUUGGCCACAUCUGGUCCCAUGAGUGUGUCAUUUUUUACCGUGGUUGUGUUUUUUGGCUCAUUUUAUUUAAUUAAUCUAAUGUUAGCCGUAGUUGCACUAAGUUACGAGGAAGAAGCCGAAAUCACAAACGAAGAACGCAAGAAAGACUUAUUGGAUCAUCGCGAUGAUUCAACAUUUAGCUUCGACCCGUCCGUUUUAAAUGUAAAAAAAUUAAAUAAGAACAAUAAGAAGAAGAUCGAUUCGCGUAAGGGUGUACUGCUAGCGUCGUAUAGCAAAAAGAAGACACGCCGAAAAAAGGUGAAAGGUGGAAAAGAUGGUGCCAACAACAAUAACGAUAGCAACGGAAAUGGCCAAAAUAAAAGUAGAUCCGUUACGCCCAGCCCAGGUCCCAGUCCACGCCACAGCAAUGCUGAACGUCCCAAACAGCUGCAAUUGCAGCUCACCACAACCCCACAGCAGCAGCAGCAGCAGCAGCAACAACAACUGCUGCCAACACCCAUUGCACAACAGCAACAACUAAAGGAACAGCAACAAUCACAACCAACACCACAAGCGCUAACACCGAAAGAGGCGCAGACUGCUCGCACACGUAUUUGCUUCCAAGAAGAUGGCAAUAAAAAUCCCAAUAUGUUAUAUCCAUCCGAUUAUAAAGGACAAUUGCUGCCUGGCAGCCGUCAGGCCAGCUCCAACUCCAGUGGUGUGAAUCGCGAGUCAUCGCAAGACGAUUCCGGUGUGGUGGAUGAUCAUGAGGAGCAAGAGGUCGGCACCGAAAUGGUCAAUGUAUCCACAGUGGAGCUGCCAAAUGAGUUGACCUCGGUAACGUUGGCUCUGUCGCCGCGCGAGGUGCGGCUCAUCAAGUGCAAUGGCAACAUUGCGCGCAUUAAGAAGCAUAACAUUUAUGCGCUGCAUCAGGAAUUCUCCUCGGAAAUUGUGGUGAUCGAUGAUCUUCCCGAUCGUAAUUGUGAUAGAUGCAUACAAUGUUGCGUCAACUAUGAAGGUUGGCUGCAGUUCCAGAACUGUCUCUAUAAAGUGGUGCGUGAUCCACUUUUCGAAUUAGCCAUAACGCUCUGCAUAGUUCUAAACACGGCAUUUCUGGCCAUGGAGCAUCAUGGCAUGAGUGAGAACUUUCGCAAUGCAUUAGACGUUGGCAAUAAAGUUUUUACAUCGAUUUUCACAUUCGAAUGCAUCAUUAAGUUAAUGGCAUUGUCGAAGGAUUUUUUUCUAUGCGGCUGGAACAUUUUCGAUCUGAUCAUUGUGACAGCCAGUUUAUUAGACAUUAUAUUUGAGUUGGUGGAUGGUCUUAGUGUGCUGCGGGGCUUGCGUUUGCUCCGCGUGCUCAAGUUAGCGCAAUCUUGGACCACAAUGAAGGUGCUGCUCAGCAUUAUCAUAUCGACAAUAGGUGCUUUGGGUAAUCUUACCCUGAUUUUAGUUAUAGUCAUAUAUAUUUUCGCUGUGAUCGGUAUGCAAUUGUUUUCGAAAGAUUACACACCCGAGAAAUUCGAUCCAGACCCAGUGCCAAGGUGGAAUUUUAACGAUUUUUUCCAUUCGUUCAUGAUGAUAUUUCGCAUAUUGUGUGGUGAGUGGAUUGAGCCGUUGUGGGAUUGUAUGCGUGCGGAGGAGGAGCAGGGCGCCUCAUCGUGCUUUGCCAUAUUCUUGCCAACGCUAGUGAUGGGCAAUUUCAUGGUGCUAAACUUGUUCUUGGCGUUGUUGCUCAACAGUUUCAAUUCGGAGGAAUUGAAGUCGAAAAAGGAGGAAGUCGGCGAAGAGUCGAAAUUGGCGCGCAGCAUCGAGCGUGUACGCGAUCUGAUACGCAAGAAACGGCAGGAGCGUAAAGAGCGCAAGGAGCGCAAAUAUGCGACCAAGUUUCAGCAAAUCGUCAUGGAGGCGCAACAGGCGGCGGCGCAGGUGAUCGAGAAGCCGAGCUUAUUAACCGAGACGAAGCUGCAUAGAUUGAGUUAUCAGGAGUCCAUGAAUCGUCCGGUGUCCGGUUCGGAUUUCGGCUUUCAAAUACCCUUGAAGGAUGCGUUGCACACGAUCAUUGACGGCGUGGAGAGCGAGCAUGAGCUGUCCGAGCAACAGCAAUACCAACAAAAACAACAUCAACAACAAUUACAAUCGCCAACACAGUUGCAGCAACAGCAACAGCUUAUGUUACUGCAACAACAGCAGCAGCAGCAGCAGCAACAACAAUUGCAUCACAUGCAAUUGCAGCAGCAAGCGCCCUCCUUCGAUGGCAUUACAACAACCACCAGCUCCUGCCAAUUAGACAAUAAUAGUCGCAACGACUACAAUACGCUUUAUCCGCAAGCGGAACGUCGCCUGCUGCAUCAAGUGUCUUCCGGUUUCGGCACCCAACACAACGAUUCGCGUGAUGAGCCCACAUACACCGAGUCCAUUGAGCUGCGUCUCAUGGGCCAGUAUAAUUCGACUGACACCGAUCCAUAUGCGAAUGAUCAGCGUAGCGGUUGGUUUAUGCGUGGCGAUUCGUUGCAGGACACAUCGUCACGCCGCUACUGCAGCGAUGAGCAUGACGAGGCAUAUUUGCAGUAUCAGAAGUCAUUGCUGACGCGUUCGCCCAGCUAUCGCAAGUCAUUAGAUCGAUUGUCGCAAUCGAGCGAUCAGUCGCAACGUUCACUGAUACCGUCACGUAGUCUGAAAUCCGAUGACGACUUGCAUAUGGGUGUGCGACGACACUCGAGCGGUCAAUCACUGAAUACAAUCUCGAUGGAGCACGAGGAGCUGCUCUCACAUCAGGGUAACUUGCGUGACGAAUUGCUGAACUGUGAGCAUAAGGAGCUCUUUCAAUUUCUGCAAGAUGAUGCGGACAAUAGCAACAAUUAUUUCAGCGAAACUGUCGGCUAUGGUUCGGCAUAUGUCGACGCCGACACCGAUUCGUUGAUUGUCGAUACACGUAAAGAGGAACGCAAACCGUCGACCAGCAGCAUCAAAUCGAAUUUAAGCUAUAUAUCCAACUCGAUAAUGCAACAGAUCGAGCAGCGUCGUAAUGGUAGUCACCCGUCUAGCAAUGGCAACGGACAUGACGAGGUCUUGCCACUGGUUGAGCAUUCUGAGUUCGAUAAUAUCAUACAGAGUUUUGAGAAAGAGUUGGAGGAGAUUAAACGCUCCACCACGUCGUUGGAGCGUCGCUUAUCCACACUCUCCGAACCAUCGCCUGCGGCCGACGAAGCCAAUAAAGCCAUACUCGAUCAUAUUGCGGUCAUAACAGGCGCGUCAGAGCGUGCAGCUGCUGACGAGGUCGUACAUCCAUUAAAUCCCUAUGAUAGUUAUGACCUAUCAACAGUGCCCCGUCGCCAGCAUUCGCUGCUCACCAGCACUGAUCGCAAUUCGGUGAAGAUCAAGCGACGCAGCCUUGAGAAGCAACGGAAGAUCGACGAAGACUUUAGCAUAUCAAAUGAAAUACGCAAAAUCUGUGAUCAAAUACAUGCGCCAUUCGUGACCAUCGAAUCGAUGGCCGUGGCAGCUACAGUGACAGCGGCCGCCAAAUCGCCGUUUGCACGCCACAAGAGCGAUCAGUUUGCGGCACAAUUUGAUCGCUUCAAGCGAUUAUCGCUGAUCGAACGUGUCGAUGAAGUACCUGAAGAGGAGAAACCCAUAUCAACGCUGCGCAUGGAGUCGGAGAAAUUGCCACGCAAGUGCCUCACAACUGACGCCAUCCGACUUGAUAGCUUAUCGCUGAAAAGCACCAAUUCAUAUGAGAAUUUGCUAAUACAAAAGCAACAGUUGAGCCGUCAACAGAGUAAUCAACGUGACGGCGGCUCAUUGGCAUCAUCCGGUGUGGCUGUACCAGCAACACCACCAACAUCGCUCAAGUCGCAGCUCGAACCGCCAACACUAGCACAAAUAUCCUCAAUCAAGACCACGCCGCCGCUAGCGGCACUCACUGAGCACCAACAACAUUACCACGCCUCGAAAAUACAUGACCCACCACCACCACCACUACUACCAUCACAACAACCACUAAUUCCGUCAGCAACAAGAACCACCAUUUCCACAACUUGCACCACCACCACCACGACCAUCCGCCCAAGGGCUGCCGGCGAUGUGGGCGAUAUGCGCGCCAAACGCUUCGCCGAGCAUCCUCAAUCGACUCUAGACAAAGCCGCUUCCUUUCAAUCCACACGCACUGAAUCGCAUAGUUCAUGCGGUGGCGGCAUUGCCGAUACCAGUUCGGUACUGGCACUGGGUUAUAGCGUGCCGGGUGCACGCUCAUCUGCGAGCGGUGCUAUGGUAACGGAGACCGCCGAGCCAACACAGAAGUCGGCGUUCUCGCGGCUGACCGAAAAACCAUGGCAUUGUCUGGUCUCCUACGUAGACGAUCUCACAGUAGGUGGGAGACGUAACUCGCAGGGAGCAUACAAUGAUCCCAUGACUUUUCCAAGUUUCGGACAAUCGAAAACACCGAAAGUGCCAGACGAUUGCUUCCCGCAGAAGUGCUACGAUCACUUCUACUUUCGCUGUCCAUGGUUUAUGUCGUGCAUGGACACGAAGAGCGCCAAACAUUGGACACGCAUAAGGACGGCUGUCUUGGCGGUUGUCGAUACUCCAGCCUUUGAGUGGUUUGUGCUAGUGCUCAUAUUCGCGUCGAGCAUCACACUCUGUUUCGAGGACAUCUACUUGGAUAGCAAUAAAACGCUGAAGCGUAUACUCUACUGGACGAACUUCUCAUUUUGUUUGAUCUUUGUCGUUGAAAUGGUUUUGAAAUGGCUAGCGUUGGGGUUUUCCAAAUAUUUCACCAGUUUUUGGACGAUAUUGGAUUUCAUUAUAGUCUUCGUAUCCGUAUUCUCAUUGCUCAUUGAGGAGAAUGAGAAUCUCAAGGUUCUGCGUUCGCUACGGACAUUGAGAGCUUUACGCCCAUUACGCGCCAUAUCACGGUGGCAAGGAAUGCGAAUUGUAGUAAAUGCUCUCAUGUAUGCAAUACCGUCAAUUUUUAAUGUACUUUUAGUUUGUUUAGUCUUUUGGUUGAUAUUUUCCAUAAUGGGUGUACAAUUUUUCGGUGGUAAAUUUUUCAAAUGCCUUGAUGAUGAUGGUGAAUUGCUGCCAGUGACGGUUAGUAAAUAAAUCGGACAUAAACUACAAUUUUAAAUAUGCAAACACUACACUUAGAAAAACAAAAUGGAACACAGUGAUACUUGAACAAUGUUUUAGUUUUGAAUUUUUGUUGUGAAAGAAGCGGAAGCGCUAUGAUAUUUUUACCUUUUAAAAGUACUUUUCGGCAAGUGUGGCAACUUUUACCGAAAAGUACUUUCGCUUUCACUUUUAAUUUCAGUGUAUAAUUUCAUCGUUCCAUAGUAUGAAGGAGGAGUGUUGGAAAUGUUUCUCACCGAAUCUCAAAAACACUAUUACACCGCCAUGAAAAAGUUGGGACGAAAAAAACCACAGAAAGUCAUUAAGCGACCAAUAAAUCAUUUUUUAGCAAUGUUUUAUGAUUUAUCGAAUUCGAGAAGAUUCGAAAUAGCCAUAUUUGUAUUGAUUUUUUUAAAUAUGUUAACCAUGGGUAUCGAGCACUACAACCAACCGCAUUCUGUGUUUUUCAUACUCGAAGUAAGCAAUGCAUUUUUUACCACCGUCUUUGGUCUGGAGGCGAUCGUCAAGAUCAUCGGUUUGCGUUAUCACUACUUUACUGUGCCAUGGAACGUUUUCGAUUUCCUACUUGUACUCGCCUCAAUUUUUGGCAUCCUCAUGGAGGAUAUCAUGAUCGAUUUGCCCAUCAGCCCAACCCUAUUGCGUGUGGUACGCGUCUUUCGCAUCGGUCGUAUACUGCGUCUUAUUAAAGCGGCCAAGGGUAUACGUAAACUAUUGUUCGCUUUAGUUGUCUCACUGCCGGCGCUAUUUAAUAUUGGCGCACUAUUGGGAUUGAUCACCUUCAUCUAUGCAAUAUUGGGCAUGUCACUGUUCGGCCAUGUUAAGCUGCAGGGCGCCUUAGAUGAUAUGGUGAACUUUCAGACAUUCGGACGCAGCAUGCAGCUGUUGUUUCGGCUAAUGACCUCCGCUGGUUGGAAUGAUGUGCUGGAAUCACUGAUGAUUCAACCACCCGAUUGCGAUCCCUUCUUCAAUAAGCAAACAAACGGAGACUGCGGCCAUCCCCUAUUGGCCAUCACCUAUUUUACUAGUUUCAUUAUAAUCAGUUAUAUGAUUGUGAUUAACAUGUACAUUGCAAUUAUUUUGGAGAAUUUCAAUCAGGCACAUCAAGAGGAAGAGAUCGGUAUUGUCGAAGACGAUUUGGAAAUGUUCUAUAUCAGAUGGUCCAAAUACGACCCACACGCUACACAAUUCAUACACUUUGGUCAACUUUCGGAUUUCAUUGCCUCGCUCGAUCCACCGCUUGGCAUUUCGAAGCCCAACACUGUAGCGUUGGUCUCAUUCAAUUUGCCGAUAUCGAGGGGUAAUAAAAUUCAUUGCCUUGAUAUAUUACACGCACUAGUCAAACAUGUGUUGGGUCAUGUUGAGGAGACGGACAACUUCAAGCAGUURCAGGAACAAAUGGAUGUGAAAUUCAAGAAACAAUUCCCUACACGCAAAGAGUUGGAAAUUGUUUCGUCGACACGCAUAUGGAAGCGUCAGGAGAAGGCGGCCAAAACCAUACAGAAUGCCUGGCACGAAUAUCAGCGCAUGAAGAAGGAGAAGGAGCGCUCCAACUCGGGUGAYAGCAUGACGCAGACAUCAAGCCCCGGCGGUUGGCAGUCCAAACUGUCAGCGCUCAAUUUCUUUCAUCUGCAAGUCAGUCGACGUGGCACUCAGUGCUCCAGCCGCGCCUCCUCACGCAAGUCUUCACGCGCUUCCGAUGCCUCAGAUCUGAGCGAAUUGGCCGGUCCAUGGUUGAAUCUGCCGCUAAUGUUGGUCUCUGGCGCCGAUGAUGUGGUGAAGGACAUCAAGCAACAAAGCGAAGAACUCGGCAAGCGCGGUAGCAUAUUCGUGGAAGCGCCUCGCUCGAAUCGCCGUCGAAGCUUUUAUAAUUUCUUUUUGCGCCAUCAGGAUGCUGUCGAUGAUAGCUUAACAUCACCAUCAGUGCAUAGAAAAAGCAUCUCACCAAUUACAACAGCAAUUUCCUCCACAACCAUAGCCACCGAUAGACAAACCCAACAGCAACAACAACAACCAUUACCAACGCAAAUAGCGCCAACGCCAACGCGCAAGCGUGCCACCAGUUUUAUACGUAAAAAGCCACCGCUUGAAAGAGGUUUGUCAGCACAAAGCGCUUUAAGAGUUAACAAAAAUGCUUUUGUCUCCGAUGGUUCAGCACCGGAAGUGAUCGUUACGAAACCAUCACCCGACCAGCAAUCGGGWCCGAUGGGCUUGAGACCGGAAAAUUCAACAUUGGUUCACGUACUUGUGCAUAGGGAGAGUGAGGAGUAUAAAGAUGAGGAGGAUGAGGAGAAUGUCGGUGCGGGUGGUAUGUCCCCAGCAGGCGGAAUUGACAAAUUCAAACCACCACAAAUACAUAUUAGCCCAGGUUCUGAAGAUAUACGCUUCGAUGAGCUGCUACCAAUGCAACAGCCGGUCGUACAAAUAAUGGUGGAUAGUCCCAAAGAACCACCACGUGGCGAUUUCUCCGACGAAUAUCCCGAAACGUCAGCACACGUUUACGAUUACUAUCCACCAACAAAUGAUGAAUUAGUUGCCGCUGAGACUUCAAUGGGACCAACGGUAGAGAUUUCACCCCCCACACCGAUCGAUUUGAAUGCACCAAUCGAUGUUAAUAUACAGGGAGACACAUCGAAAGUAUUCUACGAUUAUAAUCCGGAGGAUGCCAAUGAAAUCAUUGUGCUGGAGACAUUAACCGAAGAGUCACCUAAAUCCGAAGAACUACCCCUACCACAAGCUGUACUGCCUACGCUUCCAAUUGCGACAACGCCACCGUACAUAACGGCAGCUACACCAACAACAACAUCAGCCAAACCCAGAGACAUGCAGGAGAGCAGCAGMAGSACCACCAGCGAGAGUGACACACCUGAUGAAGGUGCACAAGCGGUAAGAUGA